AUGGAUUACUGGAGGAGAUCUGCUAGAAAAUCGAAAAGAGAACAAAUAACCAACAACAAAGUAAGGGAGAUUAUGGGAGCAGAACACACAAUUGUGGACGACAUAAGAACUAAACAACUCAUAUGGUUUGGGCAUGUGCAACGAAUGCCCGAUCACAGAAUACCAAAAGAAAUUUUACUGUGGACGCCUCGAGGCAGAAAUAAAAGAGGAAGGCCGCGACGAAGCUGGAGGGAGGGUGUGGAUAAAGAACUAGAAAAUAGAGAAAUACCUGAUGAUCUCUGGCUAAAUAGACAAGAGUGGAGGUUAGGUGUCGGAAAACGUCGUAGAACGUUCUGA